UCUAAAUUUUAAUUUUAAUUUUUCCGGAUUGCAUCUGCAACCAGUUCACUGCCCUUCGCGUUCCCACUUCGUUCACCACAGCCGUGCUUUUCACGUUCACCGUCUUUCCCCAUCUUCGUUCACCGGCGUUUACACCACCGGAAGCCCAACCCCAUCUCUCGAUAUCCUUAAGAUCAAUAUAGAAUAUUUGGAUAAGAACAAGAUUAAUACGACUUGAAACGACGAGGUAUUUAUCUUAUUCUGAAAAGCAUAGGAUGCAAGAAUCACAAAAGAUGGGGCACGAGGGUUCAUGUUAUAUUACACUCUGAAUUAGGUCUGUAAGGAGGAAGAAAGAAGGUCAAAUGGAUGAUCAAGCCAAGAGAAAGGCAUUGUUCCGUGCUAAAUUGAACGCCCAGAAGAAGGAUAAGCGCAUCGAUUCUCCUCUUGUCAGGUACAAUGAACUGGACCAACCUGUCUGUAGGGUUUGUGACAUGGUCUUGAAAUCAGAGGCUUACUGGGAUGGUCACCAAUCUUCUCGAAGACAUCACGAGGCAAUAAAAAAUCUCAAAGCUAAUGCUGCAGGCAGGUCCGGAGUUAACAAUAUUAAAACUGAGGCCCCUGCUGAACUCCCAAAAAGCAGACCAACAGAUUUGAAAGAGCAGAAAGCAAAGACGGGGACAUCAACAGAGUUACCAAAACGUCAAUCAUCAUCUGUGCUUCCUUCGGACUUUUUUGACCAUAAUGCCAAAAGGCUUAAAACUGGAAACGAUGUUGAACCUGAUUCACAUAGUGGUGGCAUUGCACAGUCAGAGGUGAUUUCAAAGGUCAGUGACCAUAGUAAGAAAUCUUCAAUGAAUGCUGGUUCAGAGGGGAAGCAAAUAAAGGGAGCUCUGCCAGAAGGUUUCUUUGACGACAAAGAGGCUGAUUUGCGUGCACAUGGCAUAAAACUUGUUAAGCCUGAUGUCAAAGAUGAAUACAAGGAAUUUGAAAAGUUGAUCCAAGAAGAUUUGCAGGAGGUGGAUGAUCGUUUGGAAGAAGAGGAGAUUGAUGCUGCCGAAAUGAUAGAGGAGGCUGAAACCUUAGAACAGAAGGCCUACAGGGAGAGAGUAGAACUGUUGAAGAGGAAGAAAAUGGAGUUAAAGACCAAAAAAUCAGAACAGAGUAGAGCCAAGCCCCAAAUUCCUGCUAAAGAGUCUCAACUUGAUGACUCUUUGAGUGAUGAUGAUAGUGACAGUGACACAAAUUAUACAGUAGAUUGGAGAGCUCAACACUUGUGAUAAUAAGUCAUUCUAGAGUUUUGAUAUCCUAUAAGAUGGGACAAAGAAAAUAGAAAGAAGGUUGUGAAUUAUGUGAUAAUGUAGAUAUUAAUUUGCUGUUCAACCACAUAUUGUAGCUUGGAACGAGUUAUCAAUUCAUGUUUCCUAAUGAAGUAAGGCUUAAAGCUGACAAAUUUUAAGAGAUGUUUUGGGAUUCUUGAGAGUGGCCCAUCAAUGGUAUGAGUUUGCAUUGCCUUCUUUUGGUACUUAA